CUCUCACAGUCUUUGUGUCUGAGUUGAGAAAUGGCGCAGAAAGGAGUUGAUCUGGAUCAAGAAACCUUCUCCUGUUCCAUCUGUCUGGAUCUGCUGAAGGAUCCGGUGACUAUUCCCUGUGGACACAGCUACUGCAUGAAGUGUAUUCAAGGAUUCUGGGAUGCAGAGGAGAAAAUCCACAGCUGUCCUCAGUGCAGAAAGACCUUCAUACCGAGGCCUGUUCUGGUGAAAAACACCAUGUUAGCAGAUUUAGUGGAUCAGCUGAAGAAGACUGGACUCCAAGCUGCUCCUGCUGAUCUCUGCUAUGCUGGACCUGAAGAUGUGGUCUGUGAUGUCUGCACUGGAAGAAAACUGAAAGCCAUCAAGUCCUGUUUGAUCUGUCUGGCCUCUUACUGUGAGAAACACCUUCAGUCUCAUUUGGAUGCAGCUGCAUUCAAGAAACACAAGCUGGUGGAACCCUCCAAGAACCUGCAGGAGAACAUCUGCUCCCGUCAUGAUGAGGUGAUGAAGAUGUUCUGUCGCACUGAUAAGAAGUGUAUCUGUUAUCUCUGCUCUGUGGAUGAACAUAGAGGCCACGACACAGUCUCAGCUGCAGCAGAAAGGACUGAGAGGCAGAGAGAGCUGGAGGAGAGUCAACAACAAAUCCAGCAGAGAAUCCAGGACAGAGAGAAGGAGGUGAAGCUGCUUCAACAGGAGGUGGAGGCCAUCAAUCACUCUGCUGAUCAAACAGUGAAGGACAGUGAGAAGAUCUUCACUGAGAUGAUCCGUCUCAUCCAGAAAAGAAGCAGUGAUGUGAAGCAGCAGAUCAGAUCCCAGCAGCAAACUGAAGUGAGUCGAGUCAAAGAUCUUCAGGAGGAGCUGGAGCAGGAGAUCACUGAGCUGAAGAGGAGAGACGCUGAGCUGAAGCAGCUCUCAUUCACAGAGGAUCACAGCCAGUUUCUGCUCAACUACCCCUCACUGCCACCACUCAGUGAGUCCACACACUCAUCCAGCAUCAAUGUCCGUCCUCUGAGAUACUUUGAGGAUGUGACAGCAGCUGUGUCAGAGCUCAGAGACAAACUGCAGGACAUUCUGAGAGAGGAAUGGACAAACAUCUCACUGACAGUCACUCAUGUGGAUGUUUUACUGCCAGAACCAGAACCAAAGAGCAGAGCUGACUUCUUCAAAUAUUCAUGUCAAAUCACACUGGAUCCAAACACAGGGAACAGACAACUGUUACUGUCAGAGGAGAACAGAAAGGUGACAGUGAUGGAAAAACCUCAGUCUGAAUCUGAUCAUCCAGACAGAUUUACUGAUUGGUUCCAGGUUCUGAGUAGAGAGAGUCUGACUGGACGUUGUUACUGGGAGGUGGAGAGGAGAGGAACAGGUGUGUGUGUAGCAGUCGCAAACAAGAACAUCAGCAGAUCUGGAGAUGAAAGUGGAUUUGGUUUAAAUGACAAAUCUUGGUCUUUAGUUUGUUUUCCAGAUAGUUUCUCAUUUCACCACAACAACAUAAAAUAUUCCAUCUCAGCUCCUGUUCCCUCCAGAGUAGGAGUGUACCUGGAUCACAGAGCAGGUGUUCUGUCCUUCUACAGCGUCUCUGAAAGCAUGACUCUCCUCCACAGAGUCCAGACCACAUUCACUCAGCCGCUCUACGCUGGACUGGGGUUGGGUUACGGAGUCACAGGCGAGUUCUGUAAACUCAAAUAAUUCUUGAAAGAAGUGAUUUUUUUCUAUUUUCUUUUUUUAUUUCUCUGCUUUGGAUCAUUUUGAACUAAACAGUUCUCCAUGCCUCUGGUUGGUGUAGUCCGAUUCAUGCAUUGUACUUCUUUCCCAUUCCCCUCCGGGGGAGCAGCAGUGAUUCCAAAUUCCAGUUGGCUUGUCGGUGCACCUGCACUUAGCUGUGUAUCCUGCCUCUGGCUUGUCUCACGCCCCCAGCCGUCCCCCAACUUCAUCUAGAUGAAGCCCAUCUGCUGGACUAUUUAAACAUGUAGUCGUAGUGUUAGAUAAGCUAAUUCUUCUCUAAGAGUUUCUUGUACAGUACAUCGCCUGUUCAUCCUGUGGGACGAUCCCUCCUUCAUGUGGGCACUCCAGAGGUUUCUUCUUUUUUUCCAGAAUCAGUUUUUGUUUUGU